AUGGGGGCCUCGGUCGGUCCUCUUCCCCGUCGUCGGGCUCCGCCAAGAACACCGCCGGCAAAGGCCUUUGCAUGCAUCGCUCUGCAACCUAAGUCCCAUUAUUCUGCAUGUUAUUUCAUAUUUUGGCUUUAUUUUGCUUUAGGCCUCUGCGCCACUUCCACUUGCUCAUUCCGAGCCUCGGGGGGCCCCCCUGAAACCCCCGCUAGCCCCGAGACGGCCUCAGUGCCAGUCUUCUCUCCACUGGCCCACUCUCUACACAAAACUGCGAAAAAUAAGUGGCAGCGAAGAUGGGAAGUGCAGACAGAAAGGGGGGGGGGGCCCCAGGGGGCCCUGGUCCAGGGGCCCCGCGGUGUUCAGGGUCCGCUGGCUGCAGUUUCAGCGGGCCUAGUGAACCACUGGUCCACUGGAGGGGGCGGAGGCCCAAUUAGUUCCCCUUUAAUUACGCCGUUGGCCUCUCCCGGAGGUCCAGCGCGGCUGCAGGCCCCCGCAGCCUCCCCCAGCCUCUCUGGCCCCAGCCGCUGCUGCUGCAGUUUGCUGCAGCCCCUCAGCCUUCCCGGCCAAGUCCCCUGCACUGUCUGCAGCGCUGCUGCUGCAUGCAAAGGGCCAGAGGCCCCCCCGGCGAAGAGCUUUCAAGAGAGCUUCAGGCGGAGCUUGGGGGCCCUUCUUCGCAAGCUGAGGACCACUGGUCACCCGCAGGCCCCGCAGCGAGCUGUGCAAGCCCCCGCAAGCAAGGGCUGGCUGCGGGGGGGGACCAGUGGUCCAUCUGCAGACGCGGAGACCACUGCAGCAGCUGCCCUGCAGAGGGCCGGGGAGCCAUUGACUAAGGGGGGCCCCCAGGAGGCACUGGGGGGCCCCCCACCCAGCCAAACUGAGGCCCCAAUUGCUUCAGAAAGCAAAGCCUGGGAGCCUCUGGGAGCUGCACCAGCUGCUGCACCAGCUGCUGCACCAGCUGCUGCAGCAGCUGCUGCUGCAGUGGAGGCAGAAAGAAGCAGCAGCAAAGCUUCGCUGUUGGGUAGUGGGCAACAAAAGACGAAAAGGCUGCAGCAAACAAGUGCUGCUGCAGCACUUUCUGAAACGCAUGCACAGCACUGCCACUCGUCAUCCUCAAAGGAGGAGAAUAAUUCACAAGUCCGCAGAGAAGGCCCCCAAGUACCGGCUGAAGCUGCUGCUCCUGAAGAAGACUCAGACGCAGCUCCUUUGCCAGCAGCAGCAGCAGCAGCAGCAGCAGCAGCUAGAGGGUCCCCUGAGCAGCAAGCGGGUGCAAAAGCUUUGCUGCAUGCUAAGAGUGAAGGGGCAAAUGGCCCGCAGGGGCUGCUGCCUGCAGCAGAGGAAAAGGGGGCUGAAGAUUUUGCUGCCUCUGGUGCAGCCUGCAGCAAAGCGGAGGCAGCAGCAGCUGCCGGGAAAGCCCCCGUGAAUGGCAGCAGCAACAGCAGCAGCGAAAGAGAGUGCCUGCUGCAGCUUCAAGGUGAUCCUGCUGCUGCAGCAGCAGCCCAAAGGGCAGGCGCAAAGCAACCGAAGCGGGGACCCGCGGCCUCCGCCGCAGAGACGGAAAAAGCUGCUGCAGCGGGAACUGCUGCUGCACUUGCUGCAGUGGGGACUGCUGCUGCAGCUGCUGCAGCUGCUGCACGUCAAGAGGGACGCCUGCCUGAUUUGCAGACAGCGGUGGCCGACCAGCUGCUGCUGGCCCUCAAGGGGCCCCCCGCGCAGCAGGCCGUUGCUGUGGGGGCCCUGCAGGCCCUUAUUGCUGCUGAGGGGCCCCUGAGGGCAGCAGAAAAAAAGGCCUUUGUAGUGCUGCUGGCGGGCAGUCCGCCUCACCUGGACGAGUCCGAGGGCCCCCCAGAUAGCAGCAGCAGCAGCAGCAGCGGCAGCUGCAGCAGCAGCAGCAGCGCAGUAGAGCGUCUGAUGAGCAAGGGGCUUCUAGUUCAUCUUAAUCGCAUCCUCAGCAGCCCCAGCCCGAGGCCCUUCUGGCCGCGUUGGCUGCAGCGCGAGGCUGAGCCAAACACGACUCAGUCGCUGCUGCUGCUUCGGCUGCAGCUAAAUGUCUUGAAACUGUUAGCUCAGCUUUCCGUGUGGGGCCCGCAGCUGCAGCAGCAGCUAGCCAGCCACAAGGGCUUGCUGGCUGCGCUGCACAGAAUAAGGGCAGGGGCUUCAGGAUAUCCUGGGCGCUUAGGGGCCCCAGGCGAGCCAAGGGCCCCACAGGACUCUGGGGCCCCUGGGGGCCCUCCCGUGGCUGCAGGGGAUAGCAGCAGCAGCAGCAAAGGCGGGGCAGCAGCAGCAGAAAUAGGCUUUCAAAUGGCCUCAAGUGCUCCCCCAGGUCUUCCCAGUUCUGGUUUCCCUGCUGCUGCAGCAAAAGCCUCAAACGCGGACAACAGGGCGCUGGAGGGGGGAAGCAAAAGAGACGUAGGAGUGCACCUUAAAGAGGGAGCUGCUGCUGCUGCUGCUGCUGCUGCGGAGCAGCUGCAUGCAGCAGAGCCAACUUAUACUGCGCGUUCCGCCCCUUUAGACCAACACCAAAAUUCACAUCUCCAUCAAGAAGGCUUGACACUCUCUCCGAAGCCCUCUGACGCGCAUGGAGGAGCAGCAGCAACGUCAGCAGCAGCUGCUGCUGCGAAUGCUGGUGCUGCAGCACAGCGUGGGAGAGCGGCGGCGCCGCAGCUCGGUGCAGAGGCCUCUGCAGCAAACAGCCCCAAAGCGCCAGCAGCACUUCAGGCCCGCAGCAGAGCAGCAGCUGCUGCCCGGCUCGAAGAAGCAGACCAAACAGUUCAAGCAAGGACGCUCAGCGAUUUGCAGCUGUUGAGAGCAGCAGCAGAAGAGCUGGCGGCGCGGCUGCUGCACUAUCUCGAGGGAGUGCGCAGUAAUGCCCCCUAUGCAAAGGAACUUCUGCUGCUGCAGCGAAGCCACGGGGAAGGAGAAGUUUCCAUGGGGGAAGGGCUGAGGACUGUACAGACAGCGCCGCUGUCGGGGAGAGUUCGGUCAUUUCUGCUUUCGUUCAAAAGACGAACUUCCUCAGGAGAGUCGGGGACACCCAAGGGCUGCCACUUCAAUUCAAAAGAACUCCAAAUUCCAAGCUGCUCCUUCCCCGCUGCAGCUGCUGCUGACUUACCCAAAUAUGACAGCCACAAAGAACUUGUAGGCUGCAGCGGCGCCAGUGGCCCCUCUGCUGCUGCUGGAGAGGCCAAUGGGGUUUGCGGCGAUGCAGGUGCGGCGAGGGAGGCAGCAGGGGAAUUCGGAUUGAGGAAUGCAGAGCCGGCAAAGAGAUGGAACUGGCUAGAUGUCAUGCGGCUGUUGACUGCGCCUCUAGAGUGUACGUACAAUGCAGCGUUUGGCAGCAGGAGCCUCGGGAACAAGUGCAGCACAAAAACGACAGAGCAGGAAGCAAAUAGAGGCGUUUUUUGGGUGCCAAUUUGCCUGGCGGGCGGCAACGGGGGGGUCUUUGCGGCUGUCGCUGCUGUGCUUGGAGACGCAGUGGCAGCAGCAAUGAAGGAGAAGGUCACGGAGCGCCUAAGAGCUCUUUCUUCGCAGCAGCAGACCGUGCAUGCAGAGAGUAGUGGCACUCAGCCGCAGCUCGAGCUGGAGCAGCAGCCGCAGCUGCAGCUUGAGUCUCAGCUGCUGCAGCUGCUGCAGGAUGUGCACAUAGGGUGGCCGGAGCCCGCAGGCGGCGCGGCGCCCAGGUGGGGCGUAUUGGGGAUGGCCACAGUUUCGGAGCCGCCAGGGGGCAAGAAAGGGGAGGGAAGCAGCAUUUUCUCUUUUGCUGCAGACAAAUCGGAUGAGAGAAGCAGCAUCAGCAGCGACUCUCUCUCAGUUGGUGUGACAGUACAAAACGAAAAGUUGUACUUCACACCCCUGUGCCUUUUGACGGGCUCCUCAGCCUUUCAGGCUGCAGUGCAGCCCGCCGCCGUUGGCGCGCUGCUGAAGGCAGCAACCCGCGGCAGCAGCGCGUUUCAGCUGGAGGCCCUUGAGACACUGUUGUCGCUGCUUCGCAGCGACGACUUGGGGGUACUUGAGAAGCUCUCGCGCGAGCUAAAGAGCAGCAGAGCAGCGGGUGGCACGCCGGGAGCCAGCGAGCUUGAUAAGGGGCUUGCAGCGGCUAUAUUGGCUCCCUAUAGCAACAAAAGUAGCUGGUGGUGGGGCUUUGGGAGGGGGGUGGCGAGUGAUGCGACAGAUCUGAUAAUGCGGGAGAAAAAGCAAAUUGCGGCUUUGAAUUUAUUGUACGAACUGUGCACGAGGGAUGAAGGCCUGCUCAAGGAGCUGCAGCAGUACAGAUCAUUGGAUGCAGCGCUUAAACAAGUUAUUGGCUUUUGUUCAACAAAGGCCCCCGCAGCUCGCGCCUGCAGAGCAGCUGCAGCAGCAGCCCGCCCCACCUCCAGCUGCGCAGGCGAGUCCGCACUGCGGGUAGCAGCAGAGGUGGAGCUGCUGCAGGUGGCGCAGCUGCUGCCUCCCGGCGAGCGGCACAAGAGGGUCCUGCUGAAACACGCCAGGCCCUUGCGUCUAGCCACUAUCCUCUCAGCUGCCUUGGGAUGGCAGCCGCGGUGGCAGCCGCGGGUGACGGGGCAGCGUGGGCUGCGGAUCCUGGCCUUAGACGGGGGUGGCACUAGGGGUGUUCUAACAGUUGCGCUGCUGAAGGAGAUCGCAGCAGCUGUGGGUCGAGAGUUGAGUGAUGUGUUCGACAUCAUCUGUGGCACGUCAACAGGAGGGGUGGUGGCGCUGCUUUUGGGGUUGGAAAAAGCCACAGCCAAUGAACUUGAGGCUCUAUAUGAUACUUUGAUUCACGAAAUAUUUGUUAAAGACUCCGCAGCUGUGGCUGGUGCACGGCUUGUUGUGCGCCAGGCCUAUUACGAUGAGACCCUGUGGGAGUCGCUGCUGCAGAGGGCGUUCGGCGAUACACGAAUGAUUGACUUUGCUGCCGACACAGCAGCCCCCAAGGUCUUCUGCUUGUCUACAAACGUGUCCACAAGCCCUGCAAAGCUAGUAAUCUGGCGAAACUAUAACUAUCCCCACAGGACAAGGGGCUCAGCCUCUGCGGGAUUCCAUUCAUCGCUCUUCAGCAACAGGGUGGGUGGGGGUGCUGUGUCGCGCAUGCUGCGGUGGCCGUCUUCGCUAGCUCUUCGCUCCAGCGAGGGUGCGGAGCCCCAUGGGGGACGAUAUGAAGGCUCUUGUUGUGUGAGAGUGAAAGAUGCGCUAAGAGCAACGACUGCUGCGCCAGGGUUUUUCAGCGGCAAGAAGAUUGGGGGUGAGCUGCUGAUGGAUGGGGCGCUGCUGGCGAACAACCCAGCAGCUGUUGCGAUCGCUGAGGCGAAGGCUUUAUACCCGGGGGUGCCUAUUGAGGUGGUAGUAAGCAUUGGCACAGGUCAGUGUGCCCCAGAGAGAUGCGACACACGCACAGGCUGGGAUGGUGUUUUCAACCAGCUUGUGAAUGCAGCAACAAACACAGAAGCAAUUCAUGAACUGUUGCAAGAUCUGCUGCCGCCUACUGCCUACUUCCGGUUCAACCCCGUGAUCGACGCCAUGCCCAUCGACGAGACUUCGAAGGAAAGGCUCGAAUCACUUAAAGUUGCAGCCAAACGAUUUGUUGAAGAAAAGCGAAACAAAGAAGACAUACAACGCCUGGCGGACAUCCUGCGUUCGGCCAACCUCAUUCAAAAGCAGAGCCAGUCCUUCCUGCGCAUUGUCUCUCGCCAAACGGCGGCUUGCAAAAGGUGGAUUCAAAAUGCAGGAGCUCGUUUUAUAAGUCACACAAUAGGAGACGAAAGGGGCACCAUCAGGGCCUCCGACUCUGCCCUUGUGCGUAUUGGCAAGUGUUUUCUGGAGCAGCCUCAAGCAAGCUGCAGUAGCACGGAUAACGACGGUGUCUCGCUACAGUUGCCAGAGAAACCUGGUGAGGACGCUGCUGCAGCAGCAGCUGCAACGGCGACAGCAGGCAACCGCAGCGGCGAGGUUGCAACGCCCGGCUCAGCAGCAGGAGCCCCUACCGAGGCUUUGGGGGCCACAGAGGAAGCUGAAGCGCUGCUGAGGUUGGAAGGAGGAAUGGGAGGGGCCGGAAGACGUCGCUCCUUCCUUGCUUGGCUAAUGAGCUCCCCAAGGACUAAAGCGAGACAGAAAUCAAAGGACAAUGCAUUUGACAUGCUCGAAUUGCUCGGGCGCCAGCACCUGUCAUCACGAACAGAUGAAGGGUUCGAAACCCUCGUGCCACUCACUGGAGUCCGCCAUGUGCUUCACGGGAUCUUCCGGCGAAUUCAAACGCAGUUGUGA